AGUUUUUGACUCUCUCCUGUUAAAAGAGAAACCUUUGCCCUGAUCUCUCUCUCGGUCGCUGCUCUGUGGAUUGACCAUGAAGCUUUCCUUCACCAAGUCGUCUUCAAAGCCCAAGCAUCAACAGAAUGCUUUCAACGGCGGUAGCACCGUAAACCAUGAUGCAUCAUCGGCGGCUACAGAGAAACAGUUCGUCACAGAGUUCGACCCUUCUAAAACCCUAGCAUCCAAUCAACGUUCACACAGACUCGUGAUCCCUCCUAAGGAAAACGAAUGGAGACCCCUCAAGAAGAUGAAGAAUCUCGAAUUACCUCUAGGAUCUACCGACGACGACGGAAUCGCUCUCCAAUUCGAGGUGGCCACCGACACGAUUGGGAACGGCGAGGGUUCCAAUAUGUCGUUUGGUCUCAAUCUUCGCAAUUCGUCCAAGGAUGAUGCGGAUGUUGUCGCCGUUGGACAGUCGAAACCUUCCUCAAUUGAGACGCUGAUGAUGCAGAAAUUCAAGGAGGAUAUGAGUAAUUUGCCCGAUUCUGUUAUGGAGGAUUAUGACGAGAUGCCGGUUGAGGGUUUUGGAGCCGCGUUACUUGCUGGAUAUGGAUGGUUUGAAGGUAGAGGUAUUGGAAAAAAUGCUAAGGGAGAUGUGGAUAUUGUGGAGUAUAAACGAUGGACAGGGAAAGAGGGGUUAGGGUUUCAAUCAGCUGAACAUGUGAAUAAAAGGGAGAAACAAGAUGGUGUGGAAUACAAAGUAGGUCAAGAAAUCAGAAUCAUUGAGGGUAGAGAUGCUGGAACGAUAGGUAAGGUUGUAGAGAUAGCUAAUGAUGGUAAAUCUGUUGUUUUGAGGCUUCCUAAAAUCAACGAGGAGGUGAAGAUGCAGAUAGUGGGUAUUGCUCACUUGGGUUCUGCUGAAGAAGACAAAUGUUUGAAGAAGCUGAAGGAAUCGAAAGAUGAAAAUGGUGCAAGUUACAAAGAAAGUAGUAAUAUUAGUAGGGAAGAGAAAACUCGUGUUGAUGAUAAGAAGCAAUCGAGAAGGAAUGGAGAAGGGGAAGAAAGAAGAAGAAGAAGUAGUAGUUAUCAACGAGAAGAAGAACCAAAGAAGAAGCCCUCUUCUUCUUCUUCUUCCCCUCAUCGUUCCCCCUCUUGGCUUACCAGUCAUAUUAGGGUAAGAGUGAUUAGCAAGAAGUUGAAAGGAGGUAGGGUAUACUUAAAAAAAGGUAAAGUAUUGGAUGUUGUUGGUCCAACAACAUGUGAUAUAUCCAUGGAUGAGACUGGAGAGAUACUUCAAGGUGUGGACCAGGUGGUUCUUGAAACUGCACUUCCUCGAAGGGGUGGUCAAGUUCUGGUUCUAUAUGGAAAACACAAGGGAGUUUACGGAAGCUUAAUAGAGAAGGAUAGCGAGAAUGAAAGGGGUGUGGUUAGAGAUGCUGAUAACCAUGGUCUUGUUAAUGUUCGGCUUGAACAGAUUGCUGAGUUUAUUGGAGACCCUGAAUCUUUAGGAUACUAAUUUUGUGCUGUAGAAGGAAGGAAAGAAGGAAGGAAUUCAGCAUUUUUAAGAAGAUUCAAAGCCCUGUCUAUUUCCCAAAGGCUUGCUGAUUGAUAGAUAGAUACCAUUUGUGGCCCGGUGUUUUUUUCUCUUCGACGACAAGGUAAUAUGUAUCAAAAUCAAAUUAAAUGGCGUUUCCAAUUGUUAGAAGAAGAUUGUAACAUCAUUAUUUGCUAAUACGAAACUGUGUAACUGUUGUAAGAUUGAACCUUUGGAAUUUUCAUGAUUUCACUUGUGCUGCAAGAGUUGGUCAUUUAUUUAUA